AUGGUGGAGGUUCGGGAUGGUGGUUCUGGGAAGUGGGAGGCUAGGAUGGAUGGUGGAGAUGUGGGAUGGUGGUUCUGGGAAGUGGGGAGGCCAGGAUGGAUGAUGGAGGUUCGGGAUGGUGGUUCUGGGAAGUGGGAGGAUGGGAUGGAUGUUGGAGAUGUGGGAUGGUGGUUCGGGGAAGUGGGGAGGCUUGGAUGGAUGGUUGAGGUUUUGGAUGGUGGUUCUGGGAAGUGGGGAGGCUUGGAUGGAUGGUGGAGAUGUGGGAUGGUGGUUCUGGGAAGUGGGGAGGCCAGGAUGGAUGGUGGAGGUUCGGGAUGGUGGUUCUGGGAAGUUGGAGGAUGGGAUGGAUGUUGGAGAUGUGGGAUGGUGGUUCUGGGAAGUGGGGAGGCUUGGAUGGAUGGUGGAGGUUUGGGAUGGUGGUUCUGGGAAGUGAGGAGGCUUGGAUGGAUGGUGGAGGUUUGGGAUGGUGGUUCUGGGAAGUGGGGAGGCUUUGAUGGAUGGUGGAGAUGUGGGAUGUUGGUUCUGGGAAGUGGGGAGGCCAGGAUGGAUGGUGGAGGUUUGGGAUGGUGGUUCUAG